AUGCCGUCGACAGCCGCCGUCCACGCACCCGUCUCUCACCACCUCGGCUCCACCCUAGCCAAGCAGCACGCGCCGCUAAGGGGUGUUGCAAUUGCUGGUUCUGCUAGAAACAUGCAGACGGUGUUCGAGGAUGAGGAUAAUUGGCUCCUGUCGUACCUCGCUUCGACGUCUGUCGGAAAAGACCCGCGCUUGAACGCGGCCACCGUCAAGGCGGGUUCCGCUACUGCUACCCCCGCCGCCGCCGCCUCCGCCAGCUCUGCUUCCUCCGCUUCCGCCUCUGCCGUCGCGGUUGAGAUUAAGCCUUUAACUGCGGGGGGCGACGUUUCGACUCCUCCGCUCGCCGAGGCUGCGCCGUUAAAGCUCUCUCCCACCCGCACAGCUUCGGCAAGCAACGGCGCGACGCACAAACAACGGGACACAUCCGCCGAUAAUACGUCAAUUACUGGCGCAGCUGGCGGCGCAAGCGGUCCAACUGCUGCUGCGGAGGGCCCGCCAGUGACGUCCCUCGCGCAACAGCAGCAGCCGCUGCCAACAACCAUUAACCUCCCCAAGUCCCAAAGCUCCGCGCCACGAUUCCGUUCGCUAGCAACCACCGCCGACGAGGGGACGAGCUUUGGCGACCCUGAUGUCGCAGCAGCAGCAGCCGCAUCGGCAGCGGCGGUUUCCGCAAUCGCCGCCGCCGUCAGUGGUGCGACAAUGAAGUCGCCUCCCGAGAGCUUCAACGAUUGGGUGGCGGGAGCUGGGCGCAAGUAUCGCCGCCACUCCACUGCGGCCUCCCCCUCUGCUGCACCUCGCGCCGGUUUCGGCGCGGGUGGCGCGUCCGCGUUACAAGGCGGCGACCUCCUGGGGCAGGGCGUAGCCAUGGCUGCCGACGCAGCGGCAGCCACGGCAGCCGCGGGUAGGCGGAGGCGGUCGAGUGUCGGGCGCGUGUCGAUGAGCGGACGGCGACAGUCCAUGGACUAUUCCGAGCUGGACGCCAUCAGGGAAAGACUCCUCCAUGCGGCUCAUCUGUGGGCGGUAGCCGCGCCUGACGAGGGUAACGAGAGUGACGAGGAGGAGGAGGAUGAGGAUGCAGCAGAGAAUGUCAAGGUUGACCCCCCCAUGGCACGAUCAGGCCUAGGUCUGACCACAGCUACUGUUGACAAGUGUUCCGGCUCCUCCAAGGCAGAAGCACCGAAGACUGAGACUGAUAAGGCGCGCGGAGAGAAGCUGGUUGGGGAGGCUGCGGCUCGAGGUGCGGAUGGAGGGGGUGGGUCUCCUGAAAGCGCUGCCAGUGGCGCGCUUAUGACGCGCCGCAGGGCAGGGAGUGUUGAAGGGAUAGGAGGCAGUUUCGAGGAUGGGAUGGGUGGAAAUGGGAGUGGCAGUGGCGGGGGGGGAUCUGGCAAGCUGUUGUCUAGUCAGGCUGCUAUGAUGGAAGCAAACAGGGAUCCGACCAAGUCCCCUUCGUCUUUCAUCAAGAAAUGGAUGAAGGGUCAGAGUGGGUUGGGGAAGUGA